AUGGCAGACCACAGACUUCUGUCUGUCCGACAGAUCUCAGAGCAUAAAACACCCGACGAUUGCUGGGUUGUGGUCGACAAGCAGGUGUGGGAUGUGACCGACUUUUUGGAAGAGCAUCCUGGAGGAUCCGCAAUUAUCCUGAAGCACGCAGGAAGAGAUGCAACAAAAGCCUAUUCAGAAGUCCACGCACCUAGCGUAAUGAAGAACAAUCUCCAACCGGAGAAGUUCAAGGGCGUCCUCGACGAGUCUACAAUUGACGCCGAAUGGGCCAAACCACCACCGGGACAGAGUCCCAAGGUGAUACUGGAAAACGAGAAGCCACCGUUGGAUACACUGAUAAACUCGCACGACUUCGAGGUCGUGGCUUCGAAAACCGCCACCAAGAAGACCUGGGCCUUCUACUCCAGCGCAGCUACAGAUCUAAUCACACGAAACGCCAAUAAAUCAUGCUUUGACCGAAUAUGGUUCCGCCCACGAGUCCUAAGAAACGUCCGUUCAGUAGAUGCCGGGACGAAUAUUCUCGGCGGGAGUUACAAGCUCCCGCUGUUCGUGAGCCCGGCAGCAAUGGCAAAGCUGAUCCACCCGGAUGGAGAGUGCGCCAUUGCUAGAGCCUGCGCAAACAAAGGAAUCAUGCAAGGAAUUUCGAACAACUCAUCAUACACCAUGGAGGAGCUACGUACGUCAGCACCCUCAGCCGACUUCUUCUUCCAAUUGUAUGUCAACCGGGACCGAGCGAAGUCCGCCGCUCUGCUGCGCCAGUGUUCAGCGAAUCCGAGCAUCAAAGCUAUUUUUGUUACUGUGGACGCCGCGUGGCCCGGCAAGCGCGAAGCCGAUGAGCGCGUCAAGGCAGACGAGAGCUUAUCGGUGCCCAUGGCGCCGUCAAAGGCGCAGAACGACAAGAAAGGCGGCGGUCUCGGUCGCGUGAUGGCUGGGUUCAUCGAUCCUGGGCUGACAUGGGAGGAUUUGAAAUGGGUGAAACAGCACACGCACAAACCGGUGUGUUUGAAAGGCGUGAUGUCAGCGGACGAUGCGCUACUAGCCAUGAAAGCGGGACUUGAUGGUAUAUUGCUCAGCAAUCACGGCGGUCGCAACCUAGAUACCAGUCCGCCGUCGAUUAUCACGCUGCUGGAGAUUCACAGACGCUGUCCGGAGGUCUUCGAUCAUAUGGAGGUCUAUGUGGACAGCGGCAUUCGGCGUGGGACAGACAUCCUCAAGGCGGUUUGUCUCAGGCGCAACGGCCGUGGGAAUGGGUCGCAGCAUGCUUUUUGCUACCAAUUAUGGCCAGGAGGGAUCAUGCAAGAUGAGCUGGAAACAGCUAUGCGGAACAUUGGCAUCACAUCCCUGGCGGAGGCGUCCCCUGAUCUCGUGCACACUGGGGAUGUCGACCACCUAGUUCCAGCGUCCCGCUCGCAUCCGUACGCUCGGGCCAUAGCUAAAGGACGGCGACUGGAGUCAUCGAAACUUUGA